AUGUCCAACCCCUCCCCCCUCGUCCAUUUCUACGACCUCUCCGGUCCGCAACCCUGGUCCCCCGCCUGCUGGCUCACCCGCUACGCCCUCAACUACAAAAACAUCCCCUACGACGUCGAGAAAAUCUCCUACCCCGCCAUCAAACCACUGUGCGAGAAACUUUUCCCCGACAUGACGAAUCUCAGCGCCACCGUUCCCAUUAUCGAGAUUCUCGCAGCGCCCCGUGUCGCGCUGAAUGAUUCGACGCCGAUUGCUCAGCUCUUGAAUGAGAGGUUUACAGAGGAAAAUGGGUAUAGGGAUUUGAAAGGCGUGGAGGAUUUAGAGGGGUAUGAAGCGACUAGCGCGCAGUUUUUGGGGAGAUCGAUCUUAAGGUGGAUUAUGAAUGAUGUGUAUGAGAAUGCGCUGGAUAAGGAUGAUGGGUCGCGGGAGUAUUUUAAGAGGACGAGAGAGGAAUUUUUGGGGUGCGAGUUGAAGGAUGUUAUGGAGGUGAGGGGGGGUGGGGAAGCGGCUGUGUUGGAGGAUUUGAAAGGAAGUUGGGAGGGGUUGAGGGAGAGGAUGGUGGGGGAUGAUGGGGAGAGUGAACCGACAUAUGUUGAUUUCUUUGAUGCUGCUAAUGUUAAGUGGAUAGCAGCGGUUUCUGAGGAGAAAUUGGAAAAGUUGAUGGAUUUGUAUGGAGAUGAUACUUUUGUUAAGCUGAUGAAAAAGGUUGAACCUUGGUCUCGAUGA